UUUUCAAUUGUUGCCAACUUCAUGUCACGCCAACCAGCCAACAUUAGCCAGUGAGAAUUCGUGUUCGAUUUCGUGAGUUGUGUUCCGACGUUGAUUUAAUUUGGAGUCAAGAAUAUUUUUGUUAGUAAAUUUUAUUGACUAGUGCAACUGAUAUUGUUUUUCAUACCACGUUGUAUGUGUGAACAUCCUGCAAACCGAUUCGAAAACAGUGUAAGAGAAAGUCUUGUGUGUUUUACGGGCUCCUUUCACAAAGGAUAAUAGGGAGACUUCGUGUUUUAUCCGUGCGCAUUUCACCAAAACGACAGCUACACAUUACCGAACGUUUGGCAUGCCAGCAGCGACUAACACAAAUCAAAACUGGUGAAGGUGGAGGAGUCUGGUAGUAAGGAGUGUUAUGGGCGUGCGGUGAGACGCGUAGUUCUUAACCAAGAUGACGGAAGGCGAGCGGCAACAGAACGCUGGCGGCACCAACGCCGCGCCUCAGCACAGGAAAGGGCACAGGAGGCAAGAAUCAAUGUACGCGAUGACGGGCCUGUACGCGGAGUCGGGAUGCGCGGACGGCGCCGGCGACGAGGCCGGGCCCAGCACCCCGCCGCACCUCUCGCACCCGCCGCGGGAGUCCGUCAAGUGCCACAGCCGGAACCCAUCGGCGGGCAUCUGCGACAGAGAUCGCGAGCGGGACAAGGAGCGAGAAAAGCCCAGACAAAUGUACCCAGAAAUAUUAGACAUUCCUCAUGACGCAAGAGAUUGCGGGAUCUUGUCUUGGAGACCGCUUUUCAUCCAGAGAUUUUCUAGCAUAAAAGUUUUUGUAUUUUUCCUUUCGUUCCUGGUAACGCUGCAACAGGCGUUGAGCUCGGGUUACAUAAACUCUGUGAUCACUACAAUCGAGAAACGCUUCGAAAUCCCUUCGAGUCUCUCGGGGCUCAUAGCGAGCAGUUACGAGAUCGGGAACGUCAUUACCGUGAUCUUUGUGUCGUAUCUCGGUAGUAGGAGACACAUUCCAGUUUGGAUCGCAGUUGGUGCUGUGAUUAUGGGCAUCGGCUCGUUGGUGUUCGUCGUCCCGCACUUUAUAGCGGAAGUUAAUAGCGAAACUUUGAUGAACAAUAAAUCCGAUGACAACAUCUGUCGAUUGCCACGUGCAUUGGAGCAGGAUAUGGGUGGCCUGGGACGACUCUCACAAGGCUUGCCUCCUAGUAACUUGAGACCAGAUAAUUGCAUUAAGAGCACGCCGAGCACUUUCAUGCCAGUGAUGGUGUUUGUGGUAGCUCAGCUGCUACUCGGCUGCGGGGGCUCCCCGCUGCUGACCCUCGGCACCACGUAUGUGGACGACCAUGUCCGACCUGAAUCCUCCAGCAUGUAUAUUGGGUGCAUGUACAGCAUGGCGGCUUUUGGACCGGUCCUCGGUUUUCUUCUCGGCGCAUACUUGCUGUCUUUCCACAUGGACUCAUUCUCUGGACAGAUCAUAUCAAUAGAUCCGGGCGAUCACCGCUGGGUAGGCAUGUGGUGGGGUGGGUUUUUGCUAUGCGGGUUCCUGCUAAUACUGGUCGCUAUUCCCUUCUUCUCGUUCCCAAAAGUCUUGGUACGGGAGAAGGAGAAGAUCAGACUAGUGGAGAAGGCCGCAGCCGCGAGUGGAGCGUCCACUUCCAAACCACCGCCGAAACCACAAACUGAUAUAAAGGAUACUGGUUACGGGAAAGAUAUUAAAGAUAUCCCAGUGUCGAUGUGGCGCCUGCUUAAGAACCCGGUGUACGUAGUCACGUGCCUGGGCGCCUGCAUGGAGCUAAUGAUCGUAUCGGGCUUCGUAGUCUUCCUGCCUAAAUAUCUGGAGACACAGUUCAGUCUGGGGAAGAGUCAAGCUAGCGUCUUUACUGGUUCAAUCGCAAUCCCGGGCGCUUGCAUCGGUAUCUUCAUGGGCGGCUGCCUGUUGAAGCGGUUGGAGCUUCGACCAAAAGGAGCUGUUCAGUUCGUGCUCAUAUCAAACACAAUCUGCCUCUCUUGCUACGCGCUGCUGUUCUUCCUCGGCUGCGAUAACAUCAAGAUGGCCGGCACAACCAUACCAUAUACUAAUAACAGCAACUUAGAGCCGUUCAAAGUGAACCUGACUGCCGCGUGCAACUUCAACUGCUUGUGCACCGAGACCGACAUGGAGCCGGUGUGCGGCAACAAUGGCCUCACAUACUUCUCGCCAUGCCACGCCGGCUGUGCCGCCUUCUCCUCACGAUCCAACUUCACUAACUGUGCUUGCGUGCACGAGAACAGCCGCGAGAGCGGAGUGGGCGGCGUGGGCGGCGUGGGCGCGGUGGUGAGCGGCGCGGCGGCGGCGGCGCUGGCGGGCGCGCGCGAGUACUCGGAGGUGACGGUGGUGCCCGUGGCCACGGCCGGCGCCUGCAACCCGCCCUGCACGACCAUCUUCCCCUUCCUCGUGCUGCUGUUCUUCAUGACUUUCGUCGUCGCCGUCACGCAGAUGCCGCUGCUUAUGAUUGUGCUCAGGUCUGUGAGUGAAGAAGAGCGUUCCUUUGCUUUGGGCAUGCAGUUCGUGAUAUUCCGCCUUUUCGGCUACAUACCAGCACCGAUAGUGUUCGGAAACCUUAUUGACUCCACGUGUCUACUUUGGAAACAAUCCUGCAGCGGGGAGAAAGGAGGCCGCUGUCUACUAUACGAUAUAGAACAAUUUAGAUACAGGUAUGUGGGGCUCUGCGGAGGUAUCAAGAUAGUAGCACUAGGAAUAUUCAUGGCUGACUGGUGGCUAGUGCGCCGCCGAAGACACCUCGAGGUUGCGCCGCCGCUAGACCCACACAAGGACAUUGCCGGAUCUAUCAUCAGUCUUGACAAAUUAUUCGAGGAACUGCCUUCUGCGGACAACGCGAGCGGCUUCCGAUCCGGCGUGAUGUCGGGCGUGAGCUCGGCCACCACGACGCCCAUGGAGGCGGGCGGCGUGGUGGAGGGCGGCGAGGCGCGCGGCCGCCUGCAGCGCACCGAGUCGCAGUACUCGCAGGAGUCGCGCGCGCCCGCCGGCCGCAACUCACGCGUGCUGGUGGCCUCGCGACACCUGCGCAACGACUCCAAGACCAUCCAGCUGGAGCCGCGCGCGCGCCAGCACUCGCAGGACGAGGCGGAGCGCGCGCGCCCCGUGCGCAGCGACUCGCGGGACUCGCGCGACUCGCGGCGCGACGCCUUCCCGCGCUCGGCGUCGCGCGACCUGCCCGCGCACUCGCGCAGCGGCUCCCGCGACCUCAGCCUGGACCAGCUGAAGCACCUCGCGCUCAAGAGCAUGGAGAGCCUCGACCUCACCGUGCUGCCGCUCACGCGCUGCGUGGACGAGGAGAGCAAGCGCCUCAUCGACGGCGGCGGGGUCUUGCGCCAUAGACGGACCAAUUCAAAGGAUUCCAAAAUUCCUGAGACGAAACACAAGCGAACUUCCUCGCAUCACAUCACGUUGGAACCCAACGAGCUUAGUUUACAGAUGCAAAAGGGUAGGAGCGUAGAUCACUUGGCGUCUACCCGGCUAGAUCCAAGCGUUUGAGAAUGCGAUAGACCAAUUUCGAGGGACCUUUACAUAAGAGUCGGGACUGAAUCUCAGUUGUGUGUUACGUACGUGUGUAAACAAUUUUUGCUUUUUACCGCUGUAUGCGACUGAGUGAGAAAUAAAUAUAGUGAAAAUGAGUAAGUUUAAGAUAAACUAUUCUAAAACUAGCAAAUAGAGGAAAAUUAUGAGUGAUUCUAAAUCAUAUCUUAAAUGUAGUCUUGAUGCUUUCAUAAAAUAAAAAUUAAAUAAAAAGAACUGUCGCUUCUGCAGCUAACUAGUGUUCUAGUGGUGACUUUUCGAAGCUACAACAUGUAGGAUCAAUUAUUAUUGUAACAUGUUUGUAAUGAUGAAUCAAUUAGUGUGAUAACCAACUGUUGUUUUAACAUUUUAAAUACUCGCAUCACUCUUGUUUUAAUUUAAAAUGUAAACUAGUAAAUAAAAAUAGUUAAUUAUAUUUUGCUAUUUUAAAGAUGCAUAUAUACUUAACAAUCAUAUUUAUAACUAAUUCGAAUACAUUCGAAGAAUUGAGACAUAUGUUUCAUCUACUGUACUUAAAAUUUGCAAAAAAAAUAUCAUUUUAUUGAGAAUAUUACAAAUACAAAUCAAAGUCUGGAUAUAUACUUUUAUCAUUAUAAUAUGGCUAUGUAAAAAGGCACACUGAUUAAUUUAUGCAUCUAAAGCAGUAGCGUGAGUGAUUUACGUGUAAUUUAAUCCACAAAGUAAGACUUAGAAAUAGAAACUAGACAUUACUUAGAAGGAAAAGAUUUUUUUUCAAAUGGCAUUCAAAUUCACUUGUGUACAAAAAGUAGACCUACCCUUGCAGUAAGUAAUUAAAAGCACAAAUGUCACAAUAAUAUAUCCUAAUUUAGGAUUGUGCCCCCGACAUAAGGAUAUCUUAACUAUACUAAAAUGUCUAUUAUCUGGUACAGCAUUAUGCACUUGGAAACUGUUUGCACCUUACUAUAAUGAUCACAAGUCCAGAAAUUUUUGUUGUGGACUUAAUUCUAAAUAUACCUUUUGUUGCUAAUCUUAUCUUAUAUUUUUGCUAUGCAAUUCUGCUAUAAAAAUUGACUGAUUUGGCAGACUUCUCAGAACUAUUCUUAUUCUUUUUGUGACUCUGUGCUUUCAUACCUUUUACUUAAAUGUCUAAGUUAAUGUAACAUUCCUCAAAAUUAUGUGUAAUAUAAAUAAAGCACAAACAAAAUUACUGUAGAAUGUAUGUGCACCUAAAUACGAGAAAUGAAUGUCUCCUCAGCCGACUGCUGGUGUGUAAAUAAUUGACAACUAUGAUUACUUGUACUGCAUCUUUAAUUUUGUAAAUAUUUAUUUUUAAUUUCUUUAUUAUUGAAAUUAUUUUAUGAAAUUGUCAUUGAGCAAUUAGUAUUCCUGUACAUGACACUGAAGGUCCAAAAAACACUAUUGCAAUUUAAUAUUUUGAGUUUUCAACUUUUAUAAUUGUAUAUUUUGGACAGCUAAUAUUUAGCUCAUAAUGAUAAUUUUAUAUUUUUACUAUAAUAAUUAAAACUGCCUUGGUUGAAAACAAACAUUUAUUUAAUUAUAUUUGGUCGGUCAUGAAAAUUAAUUGAAAGUAAUUUAGAAAACUAUUUUUGAAAUAUGUCAAUUGUUGGGCUGCUCGAAUAAUAACUCAAUUAUUAACUAUAUCAUUUUAAUAUAGAUGAACAUGUAUUUUAAAGCAAUAUAUUUAACUCUGGAAUAAAAAGACAGAAGUAUUGUCAGUGUAAAUUUUUGUCACUAUGUUAAGAGAGGAUAAUAGUUUGAUAUGAAAGAGAGUGUUUUAACGAAAAAUGCCUUAUUACUACAAUAGAUCUUAAGACUUGAUAAUGAUACUGACUUAGAUGUAUUUGAGUAAGUUGAUAAGUCAAUCACCCAAACAAAUUUGUUAAUAGCAACUCCUAAACUAAUUUGUUGCAUUUAGUGAUUAAUAAAAUUGCAUACUUAUUUUAAA